AUGUCAUCUCCACAAGACGACUUGAGCGAACUUUUCAGCAAAGUUGGUUUUGAGGAUAAAAAGGCCAAGGAAAUUGCCAAGAACAAGAAAGUGGCCUCUUUAUUGCAAACCAUUCUUUCCAAAUCCGAUGCCACCAGUUAUGACGAUGAGAAGAAAUUGGCAUUGUUGCAUCAAUUGGCAGUGGCCGAAAACAAGCAAGGCAAAGAAGUACCACAUGUAGAACUUUUGAUCAAGGCGAUCAAUAAGGGCGAUAUCAGGACUACUGUUCAACUCUCAGAAGGUGUAAAGUUUUUGAAUGCAAGGGAAGGACAAUCUGCACCUGAGCAAGAGGACUUUGACGAAGCUACUGGUGUAGGAAUCAAUGUCUCUGAAGAAGAAGCCAAAGACUUAAUCUCCAAGUACCUUGAUACUAUCAAAGAAGAGGUUGAGUCAAAGAGGUAUUCCAUUUUGCCCAAGGUGAUGUCUGAUGUCAAGGCACAACCUGUGUUGAAAUGGGCACCACCCAACUUAUUCAAGCCUAUUCUUGACUCGCUUUUCUUGGAAAGAAUUGGACCAAAGGAUGAGAGAGAUGCAAAGAAGAAAGAAAAGAAAAAGUCCAAGUCUUCUGAGAUUGAAACCGAGAACGGUAUUGGUAAAGAAAAUGCUGGAAAAAAGAAAAGUGGAGCAAGCGCAAACAACACUGGCAAGGAGGAGAAGGAUGACGAGAAGGAGGAGAGAUCAAUGUUUUCUGAAGGUUUUCUUGGCGAUUUGCAUAAGCCGGGUGAAGAGCCACAAAUGUAUCCUGAGUUGCUCAAGGAGCAUAAUGAGUUUAUCAAGGGUCAAGUUUAUACCAGAUUCCCUCCUGAACCUAAUGGGUUCUUGCACAUUGGACAUUCGAAAGCUAUUAUGGUUAAUUUUGGUUAUGCGCAAUUUAAUAAUGGUAAGUGUUAUUUGAGAUUUGAUGAUACCAACCCUGAGGCUGAAGAAGAAGUAUACUUUAAUUCUAUUAAGGAGAUGGUUUCGUGGCUUGGAUUCAAGCCUUGGAAAGUCACGUAUUCGUCUGAUUAUUUUGAUGAGUUGUAUGAAUUUGCUAUUCAACUUAUUAAACUGGACAAGGCGUAUAUUUGCCACUGUACUGCUGAAGAGGUUAAGCUUAGUCGUGGUCAAAAGGAAGAUGGAACGUUGGGUGGUGAGAGGUUUGCAUGUAAGCAUCGCUCGCAAGAUAUUGAGCACAAUUUGAAGGAGUUUGAGAAUAUGAAGCUUGGGAAAUAUGCUGUUGGUGAAGCUACUUUGCGUAUGAAGCAAGAUUUGAAUAGUCCUUCGCCUCAAAUGUGGGAUUUAGUUGCAUACCGUGUAUUGAAUAAGCCACAUCAUCGUACUGGAAGUAAGUGGAAGAUUUAUCCUACAUAUGACUUUACGCACUGUUUGGUUGAUUCCAUGGAAAACAUUACUCACUCGUUGUGUACCACUGAGUUUAUUUUGUCGAGGGAGAGUUAUGAGUGGUUGUGUGAUGCCUUGCGUGUUUAUAGGCCAGCGCAACGUGAAUAUGGUAGAUUGAAUCUUACUGGAACGAUUAUGUCUAAGCGAAAGAUUGCCAAGUUGGUUAAUGAGGGGCAUGUGCGUGGAUGGGAUGAUCCUAGGUUGUAUACAUUGGAAGGUAUUAAGAGGAGAGGUGUUCCACCGGGUGCUAUUCUUUCCUUUAUCAAUACGUUGGGUGUUACCACUAAUGCGACAAAUAUUCAAACCACGAGGUUUGAGAGUGCUGUGCGAAGCUAUUUGGAUCAAUCUACGCCAAGGUUGUUUUUGGUGUUGAAUCCUGUUGAGGUGCAUAUUGAUAAUUUGGAUGAUUCUUUUGAGUUGGAGGUUGAGAUUCCGUAUAAGCCUGGUGUUGAUGUUAACAAGUUGGGUAAUAGAAGGAUGGUUUUUAGAAAUAAGAUUUAUAUUGAUCGUGGUGAUGUUAUUGAUACGCCAGCUGAUAAGGAGUUUUAUAGGUUGGCUCCCGGUCAGCCUGUGGGUCUUAUGAGGGUUCCAUUUAAUAUUAGUUUCAAGUCUUUGGAGCAUAGAGAUGGUAAGACGAUUGUGCAUGUCAAUUACGAUGAGAUUAAAGAGGGUAAGCCAAAGAAGCCAAAGACGUAUAUUCAGUGGGUGCCAGUAAAUGAUUGUAUUCAUGUUAAGGAGGUGAGGAUUUAUAAUCAGUUGUUUAAGUCUGAAAAUCCAGGUGCGCAUCCCGAUGGUUAUUUGGCAGAUCUUGCUGAAGAAAGUGAGUCUGUUUUGUUGAAUGCGGUGAUUGAGUCGAACUUUAGUGAGAUUGUUGACAAGUCGCCAAUGAAUUUGGAGAUUCCCAACUCACAGUUUAAUAUUAAGGAGCUGGAAGGACCCAAUACCAUUAGAUUCCAAGCUUUGAGAGAAGGGUACUUUUGUGUUGAUAAGGAUUCCAAGGGUGUAGGUGAAAAUGAGUUAAUUUUGAACAGAAUUGUUACCUUGAAAGAAGAUGCUAAUAAAUAA